AUGGCGACAGCUGAGAAUGGCGAUCUCACGUUUUACCCGGCAUUCUGCUUCAGAGCAUCUCCAACCCAUUUCACCUGGGUAAAAAUGGCAGCGGCGGAUGUGCAUCGACUCAAGAGACGGCCGGGAUUUGAAGGCCAAAACAUCUUCUUCUACCUCAACCACCCCAUCCGCUUUGUAUCCCUGGUCGGGAUCAUCGUCGCCAGAACAGACGUCUUCAAACGCACAAUCCUCACAUUAGACGACAGCAGCGGCGAGACCAUCGAAAUCGCCGUCCUGAAAGCCGAGUCCCCAGGCCCGGACUCUGCAGACCGGACUCCACACCGGCAGCAACAGCAACAGCCACCGGAAAAGGCCGCACGCCAUGUCGCAGCAACCAACAGAACUGACCUGGACAUAUCCCCGCUCGUCCCAGGGACCGUGGUGCAGGUGAAAGGCACGCUGACCAUGUUUCGAGCUGCGAUGCAGCUACAGCUAGAGCGCUUCUUCCUGAUCCGGGACACGACCACCGAAAUGCGGUUCGUGGAUCAGCGCAGCCGGUACCUGGUUGAGGUGCUGACUGUCCCGUGGGAAUUGACGAGUGAGGAGGUCAAGCGGUUGCGGCUUGAGGCGGAGGCCGAGGAGGAGCAGGCCGAAGAAGAGCAGGACCGAGCGCGUAGAAGGCAUAGGAAGCGUGCGGAGCGCGAGGAGAAGGACCAGCGUCGGAUUCAGAGGCAGUGGGAACGUGAAGAGCAGCUGAGAGAGAAAGAGGCGGUUCUGUGUCAGGAAGCUGGGCGUAGGGCCAUGCGCGCUAUUCAGCGGAAGCGCGCCAUGAAUACAAGCGGUGGAAUAUGA